UUGAAAAAAAUAGUCACUUUAUAGCACCGCUGCAAGAUUUUUUUAUUUUUAAAAUUUUUUUAUUUUAUUUUAUAUUCGAACGUCUUUCUACUUCACCUUUGGGAGAUCUUCGCAGGAUCUCUCUCAUAUCUCGACGGGUAAGUCAAAGCAAAAGCUUUGCGUUCAAUUUCAGCUGGAGAAAGAGGAGAGAGCGGAGUUGCACGAUCCAUUUUGAUCUCUCUCUCUCUCUCAGAACACAGAUCUAAAAUUUUCUCCAAGAAAAAAAAACGGGGGGAAGCAGAGCUUCUGGAAAAACGUAUUGUCAUGGAUUUGCGCUCGUACCCUAGAAUCACUAUUCCCUCUCUCUUCUUACUCAUUCUCUUCACCGCCUUCGUCUUAUGGGUUGCCCACCCGGUCUCUGCGCAGGAAUCUGUGUUUGGAACUGAGAAGGAGAAAUCUAGUGGAUCCGAAGAUCUGGGCCGCCGUAGCAAGAUCAAUUUGAGUGACCUCAAGAAUAUUGGGGACAAGGCUAUCAUGGAUUCUGUUGGCGUCGGUCUCCGCUUGGACUCUGAAGGGCUUGGAAUGUUCGAUGCCUUUUUAGCUAGUUUGUCAAUGAUUCUUGUCAGUGAGAUUGGAGAUGAGACAUUUAUAAUAGCAGCUCUGAUGGCAAUGCGUCACCCCAAGUCAAUUGUUUUAUCUGGUGCGCUCACUGCCUUGGUUGUAAUGACAGUGCUAUCCACUGGGCUUGGUAGGAUUGUGCCAAAUUUAAUAUCCAGGAAGCAUACCAAUAGCGCAGCUACAGUUCUGUACGCAUUUUUUGGGUUGCGUUUACUUUACAUUGCCUGGAGAUCAGAUUCAAAAGCUUCUCAGAAGAAAGAGAUGGAAGAAGUGGAAGAGAAACUUGAGACUGGACAAGGAAAAACAACAUUCCGUCGUGCCUUUUCCAGAUUCUGUACACCAAUAUUUUUGGAGUCAUUUGUAUUAACAUUUCUAGCAGAGUGGGGGGACCGUAGCCAGAUAGCGACAAUUGCUCUGGCAACACACAAAAACGCAAUUGGAGUGGCUGUGGGUGCCACAAUAGGACAUACCAUCUGUACCUCAGUGGCAGUGGUCGGAGGAAGCAUACUAGCUUCCAAGAUCUCGCAACGCACUGUUGCUACCAUUGGCGGGUUACUCUUCCUCGGCUUUUCAUUAUCUUCCUAUUUCUAUCCUCCCCUAUAACUCUGAUACCGUAGGCUAACCUGAUUCUUUUACAGUCUCAUUUAUGUUCACUUAAACUUUCUCCUUUUUCGAAUGUGUGGUAUUCAUAGAAAAAGUUUGUUUGAUAUGGACUCGUACCAAAAUUUUCCAAAAUACUUGUUUUUUGUAUAAUAAGAUUUACUGGUAUAUACUAUAUAGUGUUUUAGUUUCACAUGCUCA